AUGUUUUCCCGUAACGAUUUUUCCAUAUGGUCCGUAUUGAAAAAUUGCAUAGGAAAAGAAUUAUCGAAAAUAACGAUGCCCGUAAUAUUUAACGAACCUUUGAGUUUUCUCCAGAGGAUGGUCGAAUACAUGGAAUACGCUUAUCUAUUGAGAAAAGCGAGCGAGCAAAGCGAUCCCGUCGAUAGAAUGAAGUACGUUGCCGGAUUUGCCGUUAGCGCCCUCGCAUCCAAUUGGGAAAGACUCGGAAAACCUUUUAAUCCAUUACUCGGUGAAACGUACGAACUCCAGAGACCUGGAUUUAGAAUCAUAUGCGAGCAGGUAUCGCAUCAUCCUCCCAUAUCCGCUUUUCACGCGGAUAGCAGCGAUUUUAUAUUUCACGGUUCGAUACAUCCAAAGCUGAGGUUUUGGGGGAAAAGUGUGGAAAUUCAACCCAAAGGAAUGGUCACCGUCGAAUUGCCCAGAUGGGGAGAAGCUUACACUUGGACUAACGUCAAUUGUUGCGUACACAACAUUAUAGUAGGGAAAUUAUGGAUAGAACAAUAUGGAACAAUGGAAGUUUUGAAUCAUAGUACGGGACACAGAGCCGUGUUGACGUUUAAACCCGCGGGUUGGUUUUCAAAAGAUCUUCAUCGCGUGGAAGGUUUCAUCAUGGACAAGACGAAAAAAAAGUUGAAAUUUCUCUAUGGAAAAUGGACGGAUUUUAUACGGUGCACGGAUUAUAGUAAUUUCGAAGAGUAUUACAAGGAAAAUGCUCAUAAAUUCCGACGUGGAGAUGAUAAAAAAGGCGGCGAAUCUCCUUCUCACACUCCGAAAAAAGUUUUGGCAAAAUUAAACAGUCUUAAAAUGGGCGUGAGUUUCAAGUCGCAAAAUUCUCAAGCUGAGGAAGAUGGUCCACCGGAUGUGGCCGACGGUGACAUUCCAAAAUGCGAUUCGUCAUAUUCCAUUGACAUUCCAAAUUCUGAAACUCUUUGGGAAGCUGAACCGAGACCGGCAAAUUGUUCGGAGUAUUAUCAAUUUACUAAUUUUGCCAUGAUGCUCAAUGAAAUUAACGAGGAUUUUCGUAAGGAACUUUGUCCGACGGAUUCCAGACUGAGACCAGAUAUAAGAAAAUUAGAAUUGGGAGACAUAGAUGGUGCUGCAGCUGAAAAAACAAGAUUGGAAGAAAAGCAAAGAGAUGCGAGAAAAUCACGAAAGGGAAAAAAAACAGGGGAAUGGGCUCCGAGGUGGUUUACUCAAGGAUCAAAUCCUCACACGAGAACGGAUGAUUGGCUUUAUAGCGGAGGAUAUUGGGAUAGAGAAUUUUCUGGAAUCGAAGAUAUUUUUUAA